AUGGCUAAGACCUUCUCUGCCCCAUCAGAGCUCAUUGAGAAAAAGCAUGCCCUCAAUUGCCAUCGGAUGAAGCCUGCUCUCUUCAGUGUGCUCUGUGAGAUCAAGGAAAAGACAGGGUUAAGCAUCCAUGGCAUUCAAGAAGAAUGUCCCCCCAAUGCUCAGCUCAUGCGGCUGGAUAACAUGCUGCUGGCCGAGGGCGUAUCCAGGCCGGAGAGGCGAGGAAGAGGAGGCCCGGUAGCAGCGGCCAACCCAGCAACACCAGGUGGCUGUUCAAAUGACAAUAGCCUUGAACACUCUGACUACAGGGCCAAGCUGUCCCAGAUCCGACAGAUUUACCACUCUGAGCUAGAGAAAUAUGAACAGGCCUGCCGCGAGUUCACCACGCAUGUCACCAACCUUCUCCGGGAGCAGAGCAGGAUGAGGCCCGUCUCGCCCAAGGAGAUCGAGUGCAUGGUCAGUGUCAUCCACGGCAAGUUCAGUGCCAUCCAGAUGCAGCUGAAGCAGAGCACCUGCGAGGCCGUGAUGACCCUGCGUUCACGGUUCCUUGAUGCCAGGCGUAAGCGGCGGAAUUUCAGCAAGCGGGCCACGGAAGUGCUGAAUGAGUAUUUUUAUUCCCAUUUGAACAACCCUUAUCCCAGUGAAGAAGCCAAAGAAAGGCUGGCCAGGAAGGGCGGCAUCACAGUCUCCCAGGUCUCUAACUGGUUUGGCAACAAAAGAAUUCGGUAUAAAAAGAACAUGGGGAAGUUUCAAGAAGAAGCUACCAUUUAUAUGACUAAAAUGGCAGUCGGGGGCCUGGGGAGCCAGGCUAGCUGCCCAUCGACACCCAGCUCCGGUUCCUCUGGUCCCUUCCCGCUGACCAGUGCCGGGGAUGCACUUGUCACCCUGCAGACACUGGCCUCUCUCCGCCCCGCCCCUGCGGGAGGCAGCUUACGGUCUCAGGCCAGGGGCAGCCGGCUGGGAGCCGCCCCCCCGGUGUUGACCGCUUCCCCCUCCGGAGACCCCGGGAGCAUCAACUCAGAUGCAUCUAAUUAA